GUUGAUUCCGACAAAUGAAUAAGGUAAUAAUGUCUGGUCUAUUUAAUAGUUAAAAAUAAAAACUAAAAAUGAAACCUUUCCUCCUCCUCCUCCAUUGUCUGAAACUGAUCGCCAAGCCUGGAAGCUCUCUGAGGGUUUCAUCAUGGCUUCCAAGCGGAUCUUGAAAGAACUCAAGGAUCUACAGAAGGAUCCUCCUACUUCUUGCAGCGCAGGCCCGGUUGCUGAAGACAUGUUUCAUUGGCAAGCAACGAUUAUGGGUCCCCCUGACAGUCCUUAUGCUGGUGGUGUGUUUCUAGUUACAAUUCACUUUCCCCCAGACUAUCCAUUUAAACCACCCAAGGUUGCAUUCAGGACCAAGGUUUUCCAUCCUAAUAUCAAUAGUAAUGGCAGUAUCUGCCUUGAUAUAUUGAAGGAACAGUGGAGUCCUGCUCUUACUAUCUCAAAGGUUUUGUUGUCGAUCUGUUCUCUGUUAACAGAUCCCAACCCCGAUGACCCUUUGGUCCCUGAGAUAGCUCACAUGUACAAGACCGAUACAAACAAGUACGAGACUACUGCCAGGAGCUGGACUCAGAAAUACGCAAUGGGUUGAAGCGAAAGUGCCAAUAUGUGUGUGCUGCAAUUUGUUUAUCUCAUUUUUUUGAAGAGGGGGUGGGGGCCCUUUUAAAAUGUUAUAACUUGCACACAUAUAAUUGUUAUUAUAUUUAUGUAUUGUUAAUCUGGCUUGUAACAUCUUCAGGUAAAAAAAAAAGGGUUUGGGCUUUUAUUAGACACUUAAAUGCCUUCCAACUUUGAUUUGUAUCUAAAGGGUAAAUCGUCUAUGCUUUGAACUUUAUUGGUCUGUUACUAAUUAUGUUGCCUAAAUAUCUGCUUUGA